GGCAGGAACACGUGACUAUCGCAUAUGUAACAGCUCUCCAAAAGGAACAUCUAGCACAUGUUCUUAUCUCAGAGUCAUCACGUCGCCAUAACGUUCAAGUCGUCUCUCUUCUUACAACUAUCCGAAACAAUGAUCAACGUAUUUCUUCUAUCUCUGUUAGCGUUAGGUGCGCGUGGUCAGGUGCUCAGCUGUGACUGGGUUAGCAACCUGGACUGCACCACGUAUGUGUCCGUGCAGGAGUGCGGCACCAACGGCAUCACCUACGCAAACAGGUGUUACUUCGCAAAGGCGCAAUGCAAGGAUAGCUCUCUGCACAUCCUUCACGACGGCCCGUGCCUGCCCUCGGAGUCGAGCACCACGCCCCGCCCCGCGAGCGGCGUCGACGGCAACCAGGCGGUGCUAGACUUCUUCUGUACGGCCCUCAGCCACCAGAACUGUCCCACCGAGACGAACCAGGUGUGCGCGUCAGACAACUGGACAUACCAGAACUAUUGCGAGUUUGACAAGGAACGGUGCACACACCGGGACCUUGAAGUGCUCUACUUCGGGCCUUGCAAGAAACCCUAGGUCUCACGUACACAGCUUGGAAUGUAGCAGGCGCUAAAUAAACUGUAAAUAAGCGUA